AUGAGUGAUGACAAUAUAGAACCGUGCAGUAUUCCAUUACUGCGUGAUAAUGUCGAAGAUUUAGACAGUUAUGAUGACGUCAUGAAUAGUACAGAAAGAGAGGAAAGAGUAUUUUUGAAAGAAAAUGAAGGAAAUAGAGAAAAAAAGAGACAGUUAGAAAAUAGUGAGGAGAGCGAGACAGGGGAUGCUGAAGAAGGAUGGACCAAGGUUCGAGGAAAAGGGAAGAGAACAUGUCUUCGAAGUGAGAUUGACGUGAAUGUGAGCAAUCAUAAUUUUGAAAUAUAUAUCUCCUCUAAAGAUAAGUUGCCCAAACAAUUCGCCCUAGCAAGAACUUUUCAACAGCUCAAUAUCACUAGCAUCAAUCACGUUAAAUACAUAACACCCUAUAAAGUGCGGUUGCAUUUGGAGAACGAGGAGACUAUGAAAAAUAUUUUGGAAUGCGAAGAGUUAAUUCGUAAAGGUUGGAGAAUAUAUAAAGCUAUGGAAGUGUCAUAUUGUUAUGGUGUUAUUAGAGAUGUUGACCUUGAUUUGAGUGAAGAAGAAAUUUUGAAUAAUAUAUCUUGUCCUUUUUCUAUUGAAAUCCUAUCACUUAAGCGACUUAAUAGAAAGGCUUUAAAUGUUUACGCAUCGACUUUUACACCACAAAAACCUAUCGAACGAGAAGUGAGUAUUCAACCAACCACAUCUUAUGAGAAUAAGAAUCCUUUGGGUUUUAACCAGGGCUCACCUACUUUUGCAGAAAUAGUUAAAACAUCGGUGGAAAUUCAUGACAUACAAAAAAAGAGUGAACAGAAUAAAAGUUCAUCUAAUUUCAUUGAGCACCGAAGACCACGUAUGAAACGGACACAAAGGGAACAAAAGGAAAACCAAAACACCACAAAUAGGCAAGAUGGAUUUGGUGGUGUUGCUAUUUGUGUACACAAAUCUGUGCAUUCUUUACUACAACGUGUGCGGAUAGACAAUAGCGGUAUGGAAAUUUUAUGUGUAAAGUUAAGUAAUUUCAGUCCUAUAGAUUAUAUUUUAUCAGUGUACUGUCCUCCCUCUUUGAUUAUAAGUAAAAGUGAUUGGGAUAGGCUUCUAUCUUUGUAUACUAAAAAAACACUAAUAUUAGGAGACUUCAAUGCGCAUCAUAGUAAUUGGUCGAAUAAGAUAGAUUAUAAGGGAUCACUUAUGUUUGAUGCUUUAGUCGAUAGUAACUUUAUAACUUUAAAUAAUGGUGAGGCUACUAGGAUGCGCUUAGUCAAUGGGAGGCUUCAACAAUCCUCACCUGAUAUUACCUUAGUUUCUUCAGAUAUUGCUUUACAAUUCAACUGGAGGGUGAUAAAUGAAACAUUGGGGAGUGACCACUUAAUGGUGAAGGUUUCUUGUAUUUCGAAUUCUUUAAUUAACCCUAUAGUAAAGCGAAACUUUCGCAAAGCCAAGUGGACUUCAUAUAAAAAUGACACAGAGAAAUUGUUCACUGAUCUCAUUUUACCUGUAGAUCUUCAAAAAGGUUAUGAUUUAUUUAUCUCUAAAAUAAACGAGGCUGCUGCCAAAAAUAUACCUCUAGUUAAGUAUAAUCAGAACCCGGAAUCUAAGUUUACCCCUAGAUCUUUUUGGACAAAGGAAUUAUCCCAUGAAGUAGCUCAGCGUAGACUUGCCCUUGCAAUAUUUCGACGAAAUCCCAGCCCGAAUAAUUACAUAAAACUUAAAAAACACAUAAGUGUUGCGCAGCGAGAUAUUCGUUAUGCUAGGAACAAAGAUUUCCAGAAUUCAUGGUCUUCGGUGGAUGAAUCAACAACUUCCAAUGAAAUGUGGCAUAAAAUGUCCUGGAUGAAAGGUUUUAGAAAGUCUAAGCGUCAUAUAAAUGAUAUAGAAGCUGAAAAACUGCUUCGUUCAUUAGCCCCUGAUUACCAACGUGAAGCAGAACGUCUAGCAUCUGGUGGUGGUGACGUCUUCUUCAUGAGGACACCUGAAGACUUGAGUGGUCGUGACGGUGAACUGGUUUUGGUGGAGUUCUGUGAAGAGCACCCGCCACUCAUCAGUCAAGUUGGAAUGUGUACCAAGAUCAAGAAUUACUAUAAACGUACUGCUACAAAGGACAACGGACCAAAGCCCCUCAAAUACGGUGAGAUAGCGUACGCGCACACGUCCCCGUUCCUGGGCAUCCUGCCGCCGGGCGCCACGCAGCCCGUCGUCGAGAACAACAUGUACCGCGCGCCCAUAUACGAGCACACCGUGCCGCAGACCGACUUCCUCGUUAUACGGACUAAACAAGCGUAUUAUAUUCGUGAGAUCGAUGCUCUAUUUGUCGCCGGCCAAGAGUGUCCUCUGUAUGAAGUGCCCGGACCUAAUUCAAAGAGAGCUAAUAACUUUGUUCGAGACUUCUUGCAGGUGUUUAUAUAUAGAUUGUUCUGGAAGUCUCCGGAUAACCCGCGCCGUAUAAAGAUGGACGAUAUCAAACGAGCUUUCCCGUCACACUCUGAGAGCUCGAUAAGAAAACGUCUUAAACUUUGUGCUGAUUUCAAACGUACUGGCUGCGACUCCAACUGGUGGGUUAUUAAACCCGAUUUUCGUCUACCGUCGGAAGAGGAGAUACGCGCGAUGGUGUCGCCCGAGCAGUGCUGCGCGUACUUCAGCAUGGCGGCGGCGGAGCAACGGUUGAAGGACGCGGGGUAUGGGGAGAAGUUCAUAUUCACACCGCAAGAGGAUGAUGAUGAAGAAAUGCAGUUGAAAAUGGAUGAUGAGGUCAAAGUGGCCCCAUGGAACACAACCCGUGCAUACAUCCAGGCUAUGAGAGGCAAGUGUCUCCUCCAGUUGACGGGUCCCGCAGACCCCACAGGUUGUGGGGAAGGGUUCUCCUAUGUAAGGGUGCCAAAUAAACCCACGCAGCAGCCCAAUGAGGAACAGCAACCAAAGAGGACGGUGACAGGAACAGACGCGGAUUUGAGGAGGCUGAGCUUGAAUAACGCUAAGGCCUUGUUGAGAAAAUUUGGUGUUCCUGAAGAAGAGAUCAAAAAAUUAUCUCGUUGGGAAGUCAUUGACGUGGUGCGAACGUUAUCUACGGAGAAAGCAAAGGCCGGUGAAGAGGGUAUGACCAAAUUCUCUAGAGGAAACAGAUUUUCAAUAGCAGAGCAUCAAGAAAGAUACAAAGAAGAAUGUCAACGUAUAUUCGAGCUACAAAACCGAGUGCUGACCAGCACUGAAGUGUUGAGUACAGAUGAAGCGGAAAGUUCCGUCAGUGAAGAGUCCGACUUAGAAGAGAUGGGCAAAAACUUGGAAAAUAUGUUAGCCAAUAAGAAAACUACGGAACAGUUGACAAUGGAAAGAGAAGAAGCGGAGAGGGCUGAACUAAGAAAAAUGAUAUUGGGACAAUCUGAGAAGAAACCACAAAUUAAUAAUCAAAAUGACCAGCAGCAAUCAUCAAAUCAAGGUCGAGUCCUACGCAUUGUCAGAACAUUCCGUAACGCGUCCGGACAAAGAUACACUCGCGUGGAGUUAGUAAGGAAAGCAGCCGUCAUAGAAGCCUAUACAAAGAUAAGGUCAACCAAGGACGAGGCCUUCAUACGACAGUUCGCCACCAUGGACGAGUCGCAGAAGGAAGAGAUGAAGAGAGAAAAGAGAAGAAUUCAGGAGCAAUUGAGACGUAUCAAGAGAAAUCAAGAGAGGGAGAGGUUAGCGGGCAACCCGUCUGUGCCGGGUACUUCUCUUGGUGACAGCAUGAACAUGUCGGCUAUGUCAGAGUUGAGUUCGCCAUCGUCCGGUCUCCUCAUUCCUUUGGGCCAGAUCAAACAGGAACCAGAUUUGCACACUCCGUCUAAACGACGUGCAAAACUAAAGCCUGACUUGAAGUUAAAGUGCGGCGCAUGCGGUCAAGUGGGCCACAUGCGCACGAACAAGGCGUGUCCGCUGUACACGGGCGGCGGCGCGGCGUCGCCCGAGCACGACGAGCCGCCGCCGGAACCCGACGACCUCGAACUCGGCUACGUCGACGGCACUAAGCUCACCCUACCCUCUAAAAUUAUUAAGCAAUCAAACGAGGAGUUCCGGCGUCGUAGCGGCAGCCGGCGCGGCGACGUGCGCGCGGCCGGCCGCAGCCGCCGCCGCGGCACCGCCGGCGACGCCUGCGACUACCUGGUGCGGCGCCCCGCCGAGCGCCGCCGCACCGACCCGCUCGUCACCCUGUCCUCCCUGCUGGAGGACGUGCUCAACCACAUGCGCCAUCUGCCGGACGUGCAGCCCUUCCUCUUCCCUGUCAAUCCUAAGCUUGUAGCAGAUUACUACCGCAUCGUAUCUCGGCCGAUGGACUUGCAGACGAUUAGAGAUAAUUUAAGGCAGAAACAUUAUCAAAGCCGUGAAGAGUUCCUUGCUGAUGUCAAUCAGAUCGUUGAGAACUCUAAUCUUUAUAAUGGUCCCACAAGUAGCUUAACAGUGGCAGCACAACGUAUGAUGCAAAGAUGCUUCGAGAAGUUGGCAGAAAAAGAAGAACAAUUUAUGAAACUUGAGAAGCAAAUCAACCCGUUGCUCGAUGAUAAUGAUCAGGUGGCGCUAUCGUUUAUCUUCGAGAAUCUUCUAACUACCAAGUUGAAAGUGAUGCCGGAGGCGUGGCCAUUCUUGAAACCUGUAAAUAAGAAGCAAGUGAAAGAUUACUAUAACGUCAUUAAGAAACCUAUUGAUAUGGAAACUAUUGGGAAGAAGAUUCAAGCACACAAAUACCAUAGUCGUGACGAGUUCCUCCGCGACAUACAGCUAUUGGUAGACAACUGCCGCGCGUACAACGGCCUUAACUCGCAGUUCACUCGCCAAGCUGAAGCCGUUUUGAAGGUUACACAGGAGGCCUUAGAACAGUUCGACGAGCACGUGAGUCAGCUAGAGGCGAACAUAGCGCGAGUCCAGCAGAAGAUGUUGGAAGACGCGGAGCAGUCCGACCUGGACGACGACGCGCCCGCGCCCGACGAGAAGCGCGGCCGCGGCCGGCCCAGGAAGCACAAGCCUACUGCCUCUACGUCCACUGAUGAGGCUACACCAAGAAAGCGUGGCAGACCAAAGAAGGAAAAUAGUUUAGUCGAUGAUCUCCAAUACUCAGACAGUGGAAGCUCAGGUCUUGAAGAAGUGGAACAGAAGGAUGCUGCUGAAGCGAUGGUGCAAUUAUCAGUUCGUCCUGAAGACGACCUACCAAGUGACCAGCCGUUCGACACGUCCGAGUUCCUGAUCAAGCGCGAGCUGCCGGACGAGGCGCCGCCCGCGGCCGGCGCGCUGGUGGACCUCGACCAGCACAGCCGCGACUACUCCUACCCGGCUGUCGUUAAGGAGGAGCCAAUAGAGCCAGAUAUGAACAUGGAGCCGCCGAUGCUGGACAGCGUGCCCGGGGAACUCCCGCAGUUCAAAGAAGAACCGCUUGAAAAUUGGCAGCCGGAUCCUGCUAUCCAAGACGAUUUGCAAGUUACCGAUAGUGAGGAAGAAGCAGAUGGGCUGUGGUUU